UUCAAUUAGUGUGAAUGAUAAUCAUUUGCGGAAAGUCAUUCAUGUGACAUGUUCUCAUGUUCUUUCUAUACCCAAAAGGCAAAAGUGGUCACUUUGAUGAACUUAUUUAUUCCAUUUGUAUUGGAAUCUCGAUCUCUGAGUUCUUUCUUUCCUUUACUUGUCAAAAUAUGUUGUAAUAUCGUCAUAUCGAUCCACAGAGAGUAACUCAAAAACUACAAUGAAACAAACUGGUGGGUACUAUGUAAAACUCUUCUUCUUCUUCAUCCUCCUGCUACUCGGUUCUUUUUCACUGGAGACAAAAGCAUCAGCAAGAACAGAAGCUGAAGCUCUGGUCAAAUGGAAGAACACCCUCUCCUUCUCUUCUUCUUCUGUAAUCAAUUCCUGGUCGCUUACAAACCUAAGAAACCUCUGCAAAUGGUCGGGUAUAGCCUGCAAUGGUGAAGGAACUGUUUUUGAGAUCAACCUUCCCCAUGCAGGUCUCUCCGGAAAUCUUGAUCACCUCAAUUUCACUCUUUUUGCAACCCUCACACGUUUCAACAUCAGCUGGAACAACUUCACCGGGUCAAUCCCUUCCUCCAUUGGAGAUUCAUCGUCAAGCUUGGUUUCCCUGGACUUGAGCAACAACAUGUUGAGUGGGACCAUACCGCCACAGAUUGGGAACUUGAGGGAGCUUAAAUACCUCACCCUUUUCAACAACAACAUUGCAGGUGUUGUUCCUUAUCAGAUUGGCAAUCUCCAGAAGGUAUGGUUCUUGGACUUGGGAGCAAAUUUCUUGGAGGCUGCUGAUUGGUCUAAAGUUAAGAGCUUUCCUGUUCUUGGGCAUCUUAGUUUCUAUCUCAAUGAAUUAAGGUCAGGGUUCCCUGGGUUUAUAUUGGGUUGCAGAAAUCUGAGCUUUCUUGAUCUGUCUAUUAACCAUCUGAAUGGAACCAUCCCGGAGAGGUUGUUUACGGAUUUGAAGAGGAUUGAGCAUCUUGAUCUUUCCAACAACAAAUUUUCAGGGGUUUUGUCACCAAAUAUUAGUAAACUUUCCAUGAUGAAGAAUCUAAGUUUGUACCGCAAUUCAUUUCAGGGAAAGAUACCAUCUUCUAUAGGCCAACUCAAAGGUCUAGAAUACUUGGAUAUUAGGAUAAACAGGCUGGAAUCAAACAUUCCUUCUGAGCUUGGUCUUUGCACUAACCUCACUUACUUGGCUCUGGCUGCAAAUUCCCUCUCUGGUUUCUUGCCAUCAUCCUUGUCUUCUUUGACAAAGUUGACUCAGUUGGGGAUUUCAGAUAAUCAUCUUUCUGGCGAAAUUUCCCCGCAUUUUAUAGCCAACUGGACAGCCCUAACCUCUUUGCAGCUUCAGAACAAUUCCUUCAAUGGGAGCAUUCCAUCUGAAAUAGGUUUGUUAAAAAAGCUUCAAUACCUUUUGUUGUACGAAAAUCAGUUUUCAGGCACAAUUCCACCCCAGAUAGGAAAUUUGCAGGGUUUGGUUACUUUAGACCUGUCACAAAAUAACCUUUCUGGUCCAAUACCUAAGACAAUAGGAAACCUAAGAAACCUCACUUUGCUAAGCAUCGCCUCCAACAAAUUCAAUGGAACACUUCCAUCCGAGAUUGGGAGUUUAACAUCAAUCACUACUCUUGAUUUGAGUGACAAUCAACUGAGUGGAGAGUUGCCAGAGGGCAUCUCCAGUCUCAGUAAUUUGGUGGUCCUUUCACUGUUCACUAAUGGUUUUACAGGCAGUGUUCCCAGGGACUUGGGUUUGAACAGUCCUCUAUUGUCCAAUGUUAGCUUUGCAAAUAACAGCUUUACUGGAGAGCUUCCACCUGGUCUAUGUAGUGGUUUUGCUCUACAAGAACUGACAGUGAACUGGAACAGCUUCAGUGGGGAAUUGCCCACUUGCUUGAAGAACUGCUCGGCACUGGCUAGGAUUAGGCUAGAAGGAAACGAAUUCUCAGGCGACAUUUCGAAAGCAUUUGGAGUGCAUCCGGUUCUUGAUUUCCUUUCACUGGAUGGUAACAAAUUCAGUGGGCAAAUGCCUUCUCAAUGGAGAGAGUACAAGAAGCUCACUAAUUUGGGAAUGUCGGGGAAUAGGAUUUCUGGUCACAUUCCUCCCGAAUUGGGGCAGCUUACUCAGCUCGGCGUUCUUACCUUGGAUGCAAAUGAACUGACAGGUGAGAUUCCACCGGAACUUGGCAAUCUACAGCAGUUACUUACUCUUAAUCUCAGCAAGAAUCACCUAACUGGUCGAAUUCCAAAGAAUGUGGGAAACUUAACAAACCUCCAGAAGCUCGAUUUCUCGAAUAACAAUCUGGAGGGAGAAGUUGCAGAAGGGAUUGGGAAUUGUGAGAGCUUAUUGAGUUUGGAUCUCAAGAACAACAAUUUAUCAGGGGAUAUACCUCCACAGCUUGGAAACAUACAACGAUUGAGUAUCCUCUUGGACCUUAGUAACAAUUCGUUUUCUGAUUCAAUCCCAUCAAACCUGGGGAAGCUCAUUUCACUUGAGAAGCUAAACCUAUCACACAACAACCUCUCUGGUAGAAUCCCUUCUGCUUUAUCCAAUAUGGUCAGUUUGCAAAUGAUGGAUUUCUCAUACAACGCACUAUUCGGUCCAAUUCCUAGUGACGGAAUAUUCCGGGGUCUGAAAGCUGAAGCCUUCGUUGGGAAUCCCGGUCUAUGUGGAAAUGUAGAACAGUUCUUUAGCCCAUGUAACCAAGAAUCUAGAAGGCCAUUUAAAAACAACAAAAGAAAAGUUCUCAUUGCUGUCCUUGUUCCCAUAUUAGGCCUUGUGCUUUUAUCAAUUGCCGCUGGAUAUCUUUUUCUUCUGAAGAGAAGAAAGAAGGAGAAGCGUGAAGAAGAAAUGAGAGUCAGGCAGAAAAAGUGUAAGGAUGCUUCUGCAUAUCUGAUAUGGGAAAGAGAAGGGAAGUUCACAUUUGGGGAUAUCGCGGAAGCCACAGAUAAUUUCAGUGAUAAGCACUGCAUUGGAAGAGGGGGGUUUGGGACAGUCUACAAAGCAGACCUCUCCAAAGGCCGAGUAGUUGCUGUCAAAAAACUCAAUGUGACAGACAGCAACGACACUCCAUCAACAAACCGUCACAGUUUUGAGAACGAGAUCAGAACGUUGACAGAGGUAAGGCACAGAAACAUCAUUAAACUGUUUGGAUUCUGUUCCAAGAACGGUUGCAUGUACCUGGUUUACGAGUACAUAGAGAUGGGAAGCUUGGGAAAAGUCUUGAGGGAUGAUAGAAUGGCACAGAAACUAACGUGGGGAGUUAGAGCAAGAAUUGUUCAAGGGAUAGCUCACGCGCUUUCUUACCUGCACCAUGACUGUUCUCCUCCCAUUGUGCAUCGUGAUGUAUCAGCAAAUAACAUACUGCUGGAGUCAAGUUUUGAGCCGAGGCUCUCAGAUUUUGGCACGGCAAAACUGUUGAGUGGUGAAUCGUCCAACUGGACUUCGGUUGCAGGCUCUUAUGGCUACAUGGCUCCAGAGUUGGCAUACACAAUGAGGGUCACAGAGAAAUGUGACGUUUAUAGCUUCGGAGUGGUGGCAUUGGAAGUUAUGAUGGGGAGGCAUCCCGGGGAACUGCUGUCUUCACUAUCUGAGGCUACCGAGGUGUCCAGAGACACACUUUUGAAGGACUUGCUUGACCAAAGGCUCUCACCCCCCACUGGCCAUCUUACAGAAGAAGUUGUGGCUGUGAUCAUCUUAGCAUUGGCAUGCACACGUCGCACACCCGAGACGCGGCCCACCAUGCGCUUCAUAGCACAAGAACUGUCAGCAAAAGCUCAUGGUUGGCUUCAUGAACCGCUCAGAACUUUAACUAUGGCCACACUAACAGGUUUUCAGAAACAGUAGGAAUCAUGUUCGGAGUCUGCAAAAUUGGAAAAUAACAGAAAGGACAGAAACAAAUAUCUGUGGAACCAUUAACAAUUCUUCUCUUCACGGACAAUAAACUCUUCAGUGACUUGUAUACUCCUGAAAAUGCAUGGGAUAUCAGCCUCAUAUUUAUUUAUAGCUCGGUGCAAGGAUAAGUUAUAAUAGGAAAACAUCUCGUAUGUUGCAAGUUUUAACAUAACAAUUGCUAACAUGAUAGUUUGGGAAAGCUGAAGCUUAAGAAGUGCAAAUUAACAUAGAGUCUCUCUGUUUUUUAAUUAUCUAUUAUAGAUUUAUUUUUUAGAAGUCUUUUAAUAUUUGUUCCAGUGAUAUUCUUGACAACGUUUGCCUC